AUGGAUCUAUCAUUACCGGAGAGAAUAUUCGCCGCCGGCGAAGAACCUGUCGGAGAAAGGGUUAAUUACUACCACAAAUCCAAGGUGAUUAACAACAUCCUUAGCGCAUUGGACAAAGAGGAGAAGGAUUUUAUGCAAAAAUCUCAGUUUGGCAAACUAAUCGCGACUACGGAAAAACCCUCCCUUCCUGGGAGUUUUGGCCACUUCAUCAUAACGAGGUUGCUCAAGACAUGCUGUAUCGACUCGGUCGUGAAGAUGUUGAAGAAGAAAAUAGUCGUUGACCGCGAGACGCGACUGAAGUAUGCAUGUCUCGCUUUAACCGGCGCAGUUUUGUGCCCCACCAAUCACAUAUCCAAAAUCAUCUCCGAACACGUGGAAUUGAUUAGAAGCAUCAAAGAGUUUUUCUCACACCCGUGGGACAGAGUGGGUUUUGAGAUGUUGAUGUCUAGCAUCAAAUCUAAAGAUGAAGUUGCACUGGCACAAAGCACGGUAGCGGUUAAAGGUUUCUUUCACGCGAUACAGUUAGUGUUGGUGGAGGCAUGUCCAUCGUUAACCGAAGUAGUUCAACUGAAUGAGUCUUCCUCGGAAUCAGAAUCUGAAGGAGACGAAGAGGAGGGAGAGUCCGAUGACGUUGCCCCAGCCAACAUGCCGGAGAACCCCUCAAAUGAGCAAUCGAUUGCUGGCGAUGCCGAGAAAAAUGCUGGAAAGCCUUCGACACACACAGAGUCGGCGACUGUCGGACUAAGCCCAAGUCACGCAAGGGAAAUCGACGAAGGAUGCAAGGGUGGUUUGUCUCAGGCUGAGUUGGCGAAGAUUCGCCUUGAGAGGAAGGAAAUCAGGGAGCGGAAGGAGAGGGAGAAAGAGAAGGCCCAGGAAAAUGUAACCAAUCUUGGUGCCGCUGGUCCGUCGUCGACUGCUCCCCCCAACAUAGCUGAACUGUUGUAUGUCACGGUAAAUGCAGAGCUAGCUCCAGUUGAGCUAAAGGUGGCAGCCGCUGUCGACAAGAUAUCGACUAUUGAAACUAAUUUGUCCACUCUUGGCACUGUGAUGAAGACAGCUAUGGAACGGAUGAUUACAUCAAUGCAGGAACAAGUAAUAUCCAACAUUAUUGGUUUUCUAGGCAAGUCUGUUUCGGAAUUCGACAGGCACGACACUGAAAAAUAUAGAUUUACGGCUCGUGGAAACGCGGAGAGGCAAGGCGAUGCAGCACGAACAGGGGCAAGGACUGCAAAUCACCAGACACGGCAGCAGGAGGGCGAAGGAGUUGGAGGUCUGAGUUCAGAAGCUGGCGAAAGUAACGAGAGCUCGGAAGAGACACAAGAUGGUGCUGAUGAAGGCGAUGGGGAUGGGGAUGACCCGGUUGAUGAAAUUGGCGAUGAAGGAGAUGGUCCGUGGCGAGGCAAGAGGGCUAUGGUGCAAACAUCGUUCAACGACUCCCACGUGGAUCCGAAGUGGGUUUCAUGCAUGAUGGGGAGCAAUCCCUUUUUAUGCCACAUUGAAGAAUGA